ACAGAUCAACCAACAAAUUGAAAUAAGAAGAUGGGCGUGAAAUGUUAAUACAGAAUAUUUCGCGGGGCGAACAUGAGAUCUUCGUCGGGGCAAUCGCGGCCGGACCUCCCGGUAGGGCCUAAUCGCGUCAAGUUUCAAUCGGAGACGGAGAGAUUGACCGCCGAUGUAGGUGGAUUGGAAGCUUCAUUGCUUCAGAUGGUCACUGAUCAUCAGUACGCCUCUCUCAAGCUCAGGGAAAACUCCGAGAAGGCGAAGAAAGAUGCUAUACAGAAGGCGGUACGCGUAUCGGAUCUUUUAGUUGAUGCCGUGAAUGGUGGAGUUCAGGAAUCUUUUGUCAAUCAGAAGUUGAUUGAGCUUGAAAUUAGGGCUUUAGGGACUACGAUUGCAAGAUUUACGAAGCAAACCGAUCAAUGGCUCGCCGCCACUCACGCUUUGAACACUGCUGUUAAGGAAAUUGGAGAUUUUGAGAACUGGAUAAAGACCAUCGAUUUCGAUUGUAAAAGCAUCACUACGGCCAUCCAUAACAUUUACCAAGACUGAAAUGCUUGUAGUUAAAAAGUCAACCAGAAUGUAGUCUGUAGAGUCGAGAAAAAGAUAGAUCCUCAUCCUCUGCUUUAAGUUUCUCUGAACCGAUGCCGCCGUACAUGGUUUGAUAAGUUCAAAAGGUGCAGCAUGCCCAGAUGAAAACUUUUGGUAGCUUAUAACACCAAUCACCUGGAGUCUGCUACCUCGCUACCGUGUAAAAUGAUUUUUCGACUGUGUUUUUUAUGUUCACUGAUUUGUUCUUCAUUAGAACAGUGCAUGUUACCAUUUUGCCCAUUUAUUGCUUAUGUAAACUGCAGCCUUCUUUGUACAACUGUUAGCAGCUGCCAUGUAAUAAUAAUUUCUACCUUCUUUCAAUUUUUGGUA